GCAUUAUAUGCCAGAGAGUUAAUUAUUUGAUUUUAUUGAGAGCUCGGAAUAAUCUUAACUCUGAAUUGAAAGAAAUUUUAAACUAUGAAAUGUGAUGAAUACCCUUGAUAACGGCUGUAGCUUUGCAGCAAUCUGUAAACCGUCAGCCUGCAUGUUAGGGCAAGUUAACUAAUACUGAGUUUUGAUUCAUGUCUUCAUUUGUAAUACCAGGUAAUUUUUACUUGCAGAUUUAGUACCUCAAAGCAGACUCUUAUGUGGAUUCCAGAUUCAUUUUUUUCCAGUUUGCUGAGUGGAAGAAUUUCAACACUUCGAGAUGAGACUGGUGCUAUAUUUAUUGAUAGAGAUCCGGCAGCAUUCGCACCCAUUUUAAACUUUCUUCGGACAAAAGAAUUAGACUUAAGGGGAGUGAGCGUCAGCGUCCUCAGGCACGAGGCGGAGUUUUACGGCAUCACCCCGUUAGUAAGAAGGCUCCUGCUGUGUGAGGAACUGGAGCGCUCGUCCUGUGGCAGCGUUCUCUUCCACGGGUACCUGCCCCCGCCAGGUAUCCCCAGUCGUAAAAUAAGCAACACAGCCAGGUCCUCUGCCGACUCUAGGAAUGGACUGAAUUCUGCAGAAGCAGAGGCUCGGGGAGGUGGCACCCCGCCCACAGCGGGAGAGGAGACCAGCAGGCUUGGGCUGCCCGUGGACCCGCGCAGGGUGCUGAGCGUGGCCGGCCACCACAACUGGAUCGUAGCUGCCUACGCCCACUUCGCCGUCUGCUACAGAAUCAAGGAGUCCUCGGGGUGGCAGCAGGUGUUCACAAGCCCGUACUUGGACUGGACUGUCGAGCGAGUGGCGAUAAACGCAAAGGUGGUCGGAGGGCCCCAUGGAGACAAAGACAAGAUGGUUGCCGUGGCCUCGGAGAGCAGCAUCAUCCUGUGGAGCGUCCAGGACGGAGGAAGCGGGACUGAAAUUGGCGUGUUCAGCCUCGGCGUCCCUGUGGAUGCUCUCUUCUUCAUCGGCAACCAGCUGGUGGCCACCAGCCACACGGGGAAGGUGGGCGUGUGGAAUGCUGUCACUCAGCACUGGCAGGUUCAAGACGUCGUCCCUAUAACCAGUUACGACACUGCAGGCUCCUUCCUGCUGCUCGGGUGCAACAACGGGUCCAUCUACUACAUAGAUAUGCAGAAGUUCCCUUUGCGAAUGAAGGACAAUGACCUUCUCGUGACUGAGCUCUAUCACGACCCUUCGAAUGACGCCAUCACUGCGCUGAGCGUUUACCUCACUCCCAAAACAAGUGUCAGCGGGAACUGGAUCGAGAUCGCCUACGGCACCAGCUCAGGAGCCGUGCGGGUGAUCGUGCAGCACCCCGAGACGGUGGGGUCGGGCCCGCAGCUCUUCCAGACCUUCACGGUGCACCGCAGCCCCGUGACGAAGAUCAUGCUCUCGGAGAAGCACCUCGUGUCAGUCUGUGCAGAUAACAACCACGUCCGGACGUGGACGGUGACACGGUUCAGGGGCAUGAUCUCCACGCAGCCCGGCUCCACUCCCCUUGCCUCCUUCAAGAUCCUGUCCCUGGAGGAGACGGAGAGUCACGGCAGCUCCUCUGGGAACGACAUAGGGCCUUUUGGAGAGCGAGACGACCAGCAGGUCUUCAUCCAGAAGGUGGUUCCCAUCACCAACAAGCUCUUCGUCAGGCUCUCCUCCACCGGGAAGCGGAUCUGCGAGAUCCAGGCUGUGGACUGCACUACCAUCUCCUCCUUCACCGUGAGGGAGUGCGAGGGCUCCAGCCGCAUGGGCUCCAGGCCGAGGCGGUACCUGUUCACGGGCCACACCAACGGCAGCAUCCAGAUGUGGGACCUGACCACCGCCAUGGACAUGGUCAGCAAAAGCGAGGACAGGGACGCAGGUGGCCCGACCGAGGAGGAGCUGCUGAAGCUGCUGGACCAGUGUGACCUGAGCGCGUCCCGCUGCGCCACCCCCAGCAUCAGCCCGGCCACCUCCGUGGUCCAGCACAGCCGGCUCCGGGAGUCCAGCUCGAGCCUCCAGCUCCAGCACCACGAGACCAUCCACGAAGCAGCGACCUAUGGCUCCCUGAGGCCCUACAGAGAGAGCCCUUUGUUGGCCAGGGCGCGGAGGACCGAGAGCUUUCACAGCUACCGGGACUUCCAGGCCGUCCACCCGCACAGGGCCGUGGAGAGAGCAGUGCCCACAGAUGCGGACGGCCCCAUACAGGCCGAGGUGAGGCGGGCGGCAGGGCAGUGCCCCGCGGCCGAGAGCAAGUCUCCUGGGGCAGAAGCCAGGGGCGCGAGGGAGUGGGACAGUGGGCCGGAGGCGCAUAGGACAGCCGACGCUGUCCCCGAGUCCAAGAAAAGGCCGUCGGAGGACGAAAGCGACAGCAAAGCGGAGCCGAGGCGGAAAGGAGGGUUCGAGGGAGGCGGGUUCCUGGGGAGGAGGAAGGUGCCCCACCUGGUGUCCUCACCCAGCACUUCGGACGGGGGCACCGACUCACCCGGCACUGCCUCCCCCUCGCCCACGAAGACCACGCCCUCCCCGCGGCACAAGAAGAGCGACUCCUCGGGGCAGGAGUACAGCUUGUGAGAGCUCCCGAGGCGGGUGGGUGGUUCGCUCGGUCGGGGGAAGGUUACCCCUGGAUUGCACUAGCGUUCACUCCCGAGCUUUACACAUUGGAAUUGGACUUCGUUCAGUAUCUUUUUAACAAUUAUCUGGAGCAAGGAGAGCAAAAACUAGAGCUCGAUCUUUUUGAAGAUUUUUUUUAGAAUUUUACAAGAAUGUUCAACUGGUCAUUUGUAAAGCAGGAGUCCCUUUCAGCGUGUAGAGCUUGGGAAUGCGCGUAGUAAGCUCCACAUCCUAACAGGACGUCGCCCAUACGGGUGACAGCCCGAGCGCGCAGCAACCGCCAGACUACAUUCCUGAUCUUAAUUCUGCCUGAGACCUGUCUUGCGAGGUUAUCUUAAGUGAAUCACGUAAUUCUCUUUGGGACUUAGUCUCUCAACCCUAAUGGUGAUGGCAGAGUGUUUACCUGAUGUUUAAUGCGGUGCUAUGUUUGUGAGGAAACACCAUGUAAUUCAAAACACUAUUGAUGCUGAACCCGGUAGCGGGGAGUCCCGUAGGGCCACUUUAAUGGUAGGCCGUCUUCUGAUUCUCGUCGGAGGCUUUAAAUCUUAUCUUAGCAAGCGUCCCCACUAGUAAAUGAUCCAAGUCCAAUUAAACUUUCUUUACAGUUGGAGCAGUUGUCUGUGUUUGAACUGGUAAAAUAAAAAUAAUCAUCUAGGACAAAGCUCUGGGUGCCCCGAAGGGAAAACUAGACCAGCUGCUAGUCCCCCUUGUUUGAGGAGCCCCAGUACUUUUCCCAUGUUGAUCAUCAAGAUAGUUAAGUUAGAAUGUGGCCACUUUGUUAGUUUCUGAGACUAGUUCUGAAUUCUUGGUCAAUGGUUUGGGCUGUAAAAAUGUUAUUUUGAAUAUAUUUUAAAUUGUAAGAAUAAAAUAAUUUUUUGUAUUUUGUUUUCA